AUGUCGUACGAAGAACGGCUUACAUGCCUCCAAUGCAAUCUCGAAGGUUUCCGCUGUACUUUCACAUCCGAGCAGUCACCUACUAGAUAUAGUUGGAACUUUGGGCCAAAAUACUUCCGCAACGCAGACUCCCGCCCACGAAUAUGCUGCGGUCGCUGCAGGCGAAUCAACGAGCCCUUCUGUAUCCAGGUCAAGGAUCAGGUUCUUGAAACGGGUUGGGCAUUGUGGAAGGGAAAGAAGCAUGAGGCAUGGCGUUCUCCGGGUGUUCAAGACCAUAUUGUCCAUGCAAAGGUGCUGGAGCUGCUGAAGAACGCGAAAGAGAAAACUAAGUUUAUGCUGCCAAUGCCAAGGGCUGAGAUGAUGACCUAUAGGAAAGGUAUGAGGAAGCCUUUUGGGAAUCAGGUCAAGGAUACUGUGGGUGUGCCGAAGGGGAUGACUCUUGAGGAGUGGGAAUCAAGGACCGAUACGCUAAGAGAAUGGGAUCGCCGGAGGGCAUUCCUUGAUCGGACCUUUCCCGGUUGGAAGAGUGAGCGGGUAUUUUGGGAAUUCUUCGAGCCGAGAGUAUCGGGCGACGUGAUCACCUCCAUGAUGAAAGAUAAGCGCUGGUCAAAGCGGUAG